UGAUCUCAGGUAUCCGUUUCUCUUUCACAUUGAGACAUCCAGGGGAUCACAGACCAUGGACGACCUUACGCCACCACCCACUCUCAAUGGAGACGAGCCAAAUGAAGAAGGGCCCUGUACGAACACGCAAUGUGCCCAUGCUCGUGUCAUUCUAGUUGGACUUAACGAUACUCUCCGAGACGAGAGGGAUCGAGCCCGAGAAGAAGCGGAUGACCUCAGGAGAGAGAUUGACAGGUUGAAGGCGAAAAAAGCAAAGCACACACAAGUGAAAUGCUACGCCAACACAUUGCAACCAGACAACCGCCAUGGAAAACAGUAUGGAAACAAUGCAAUAAGGAGGAGAAUAUGAGCGUGCGAACCAACUGGGUGCAUCCCAAUAUCAAGUUCGUUACGCCAGAGGAAGGAGAGGCAGCAGAUCCAUCUGGUCCUAGACCCGCCGACGACAGACGCUUUAACUUCAAUGCCCUCCCGGCCGAAGUCCAGGCUAGGAUUUUCAAACUCUGGCUAUUCAAAAAGGACAAGCUUAUCCACGUUAUUUCCCGACUCGACCCCUUCGUCCCAAACCAGGAUUUUCCAGAAGAAGCGGCCCUCAGAAACCGAAGUGGUCUCAAAAAUGUCUUUUUUUGGGGGGAGCGGCGCUGUAACAUCACUAACAGCGGGCAAAACCCUAAUUCUCUACUCCGUAUCCUUCUUGUAUGCCGUCGAUUCUUCUUCAUUGGCAUCCACUGCUUUUACGGCCUUAAUACAUUCGCUUUCUCCAGCUUGGGCGAAUUUUCACGGUUCUGUCAAGGGAUCGGUCCGGCCCGUAUCAGCCGCUUACAGCACCUUGAGAUUACACUGAUGGGAAAUCAAUACCUGACCGUUCCUUUGGACCGAAAUGGUCGUAUCCCUGUCUCGCGCCGCACCUCCCCUCUCAGCUUUCUCCUGGACUGUCAUCGUCUCAAAAGUCUGGUUAUUUUCGUCAAUGAAAGUGAGAAGAGAUAUACCCGUCGUCGAUAUGAAAAUUCAAUCAUCCAGGACAUUAUGGUUCGCCAAACCGCUGGCCAGCCUAACCAGCGCAAGCAUCGCGCCCUCCGCUGCAUUCAAGGAAUGGAUUUCAUCUAUGCCCUCCGUGGUCUGGAAUGGAUUCGCUUUUAUGACUUGUAUAAGGCCAUUACAUCUACAUCCAGGACCGCUACCCGUGAGUCAGUAGCGGACUGGUCGUUCGUCGAGGACGUUACAAAUACUUCUACUAUGCAGAAAGUUCCCAGCCGUCGGGAAAGCUCAAGACUGGAGAACCUGGAGCCUCUUUUCGGUAACAAUAACCACUGGAACCCCAGCCAGGCAGAUUGGGAUCUCGUCAAAGGCUUUUAUAUCAACAAAUGGUCGUAUGACCAGUUAAGACAAGACUUUCCUCAUAUUCCGUCGCAUAUGAGUGCGAGCAGUAGUCCAAGACAGGGGCACUCUUCGAAUUCGAGCUCAAGUUCUUCGUCCUCCAGUGGACCGCACUAUGGGGGUGGAGGCCCGGCUAUGAGUGUCACAGGAAGCUCCAUUACCGAUGCCAUUGAUCUUGGUAAUUCGGAAUCCACCCCCGGUCCCAAUACAGAAACCGACUUACCACCUAGAAGUACUACCGGAAGGGCCGCCAGUGUGAUGAUCGAACUCUCAUCUGAUUCAGAGUCCGACUCAGACGACGAUAACCUCUUUGUUAGCCAGCGCAACCACCAACCCCAACAACACCAGCCUAGUCCAACCCCUCAUUCCUCAGAAGGAGGCCCCAGCGUCACAGCAUCCGUCCCAGCCCGCCUCCAUUCCCUCACGCCCAUGGGUUCCAUGACUUCCAGUCUUCUGGACAGAGGCUUCUCCGUCCCAGCCAACCUUGGACGUCUAGAAACUCCUUCAGGACUUAGUUCCAGGAGUAAUUCAACACCAAGAGGACAUGGAGGUCCCCAAAGCUUCGCUUCGUUGCUUAACAUCCAACCAGCGUCGUCGGCGGCGAGGUACUUACCUCCUAACAACGCAGCUGCUCUGGAAUCUGCUAGUGUUGUGGCUUUAAGGAGGGGUUCUAUGUCUUUGUCCAUGUCGAGGUCGCUUUCUCGGUCGCUUUCUAGAUCGGUUUCCAGGUCUGGGUCGUUGGUAAUUGAGAGAGGCAAUGGGAAUGGGAAUGGAAGUCGAGCGGGGUCGGCGUCUACUUACAGAAUACGGUUACGGUAUAGAUCUUCAUCAGGGAGUUCAGGGAGUUCAGGAUCAGACCUAUUCGUUAGGCAGACUCCGAGGCUGUCCGAGAGGGAGAGUGUUGAUUUGACGAAUGUGGAUGAGGAUGGCGAGGAUGACGGUCAUAGUGGUAAUUUGCUUGGGAGAAGUAGUGAAAGUGGAAAUGGGGAGUUGAUGACGAUUGAUGAGGAUGAUGAUGAGAACGGGGAUCAAGAUAUGGAGGGUCGGGACAGCGGGUAUGAAGGGGCGGAUGAUAGCGAUGUUGAGAUGGUGGAUUCGGUUUAGGCCUAACCUCAUUCUGAUGAGGCGUUCGAGGAUGGAAUUGAGGGAGUUCAGGUGGGCUUGCAAUGUCUUUACUCGAGGGCGAAAUGCAUGGGUGGUGUUGGGGGAGGCGUUGGACUGAGCUGGUCGAUACCCCUUUUCAUUUACAGAUGGGCGUAUCUCUUGUGCGAAAAUGCCUUCAUCUGCUUCACAGACGCCUUAGAUUAUUUCGCUGAUGCAUUUUUGGUAGGCUUACGAAGUUACCAUCUGGGUACCUCCAGCUUAGAUAUUUUCAGAAUCGAUGAUUUCCCAACUCUUC